AUGUACAUAGCGCGCGCUGCAACACUAGUCCUAUUCGCAGCCUCCUGCCUCCUCGGCCGAAUCUGCACUGGAGCCCAAUUUGACCCGCGCUAUUCCAGCUAUCCAAUCGACGACGUGGCCUACGGACAUGGAAAAAUCGAUAACCACAAGACAAUGCUCGUCUGUCAAUGUAGACAUUUGCUGUCUUUCCCGAUAACAGAUAGACUGGAAUCCCUCGGCAUCCUGCCGGAUACAACAGGAUGGCCACGAAGACCCGGACGAAGGCCUAGAAAACUGCGCCCAAUGAUGACUCUGUCGAACAGGAACACUGUGACCACCAUGCAACGCCAGUGGAAUCUGGACGAAGAGCCCCAGCCAGGCGGUUUUCAGGGGUCACCCGGCAGAGACGGCUACUACCGCGAGGGCGCCGACAUGCAGAUCAACAUGACGGCGGGCGAUUCAGUGCCUGUGAUCAGCUUCAAGACCGCCGAAGACAACACCAUCGAGUUGCUCGUCGUUGUGACCAGGAAAAUGCACCUCAUCCUCAAAGGUCGUCUCACAGAGUAUCUGGUAGCUACCAUUGGCUCGGUAGCCCAAAAUUUCAAACACUCCAGCCUCAAGGCGUCGGUGAAGGUCAGUAUUGUGGACAUCAUUCUGCUGGAUUCCAACUUUGCACGGAGGGAGGGCCUUGAAGACUGGUCGAAUAAGAACCACGAGGAGGUUAUGGGGAAGUUCUGCCAUUGGGUAAAUCGUAUCCGAAGACCCACCAUGAACUGGGACUCGGCAAUCCUCCUGAAUGUGGGGAACUUCAAAACAACAGCACUUGUUUUAUGGGCAAUACUUACUGUCUUUAUUUCAGGUGUUGCUCACUACCAAGCCAUGUGCAGUCGAGACAGCAGUUGUGUCGUUGUUGUAGACAGAGGCUUCGGUACAGCCGACAUCAUUGCCCAUGAAAUCGGGCACCAGCUGGGAGCAAAGCACGACUUCGAGAUGGGGUCUGAGUGCGGCCUGGAGGAGCAACCAGGCCGGAAGAAGCCCUUCCAGGAGCUGAGUCUCCGAGUCCACGACACAGACAACGCGAACAUCCAACGCGACACCAUUAUGUCCGGAAUUCUUUACUUCGAACUCUACCCCUUCCGAUGGUCUGCCUGCAGCCGGCAGAAUAUCAGGUUUUUCCUAUCGCGACCGGAUUCCUCAUGCUUACGGACCCAAAAUUCCCAAAGAACGGCUUUCACGUCGGCACAACUGACGCAGCACACGGCACUGCACAAACCAGGCUUGAGGUUUACCUUGAACGAACAAUGCGCGCUUGCCUUGAGGCAACGCGGAUCACGAUUCUGCGGACACAAUGCACCCGUUUGCAAGCAGCUGCACUGCUACGACGUCCAGCGCGGAAUGUGCCUUCCAGUGGAAGCGCCGUGGGCAGAGGGUUCGCGGUGCGGUUACAAGAGGUGGUGUGUGCUGGGACAGUGUCUGCCGCAAGGGGAGACAGUUUCACCGAUUAAUGGUGGCUGGAGUGCGUGGGAUGAAUGGGAGCCCUGCUCUCGACCCUGCGGUGGUGGCGUCCAAUUCUCCCGGCGCCAAUGCAUCAGUCCAGAACCUCAAAAUGGAGGGGAACAUUGCCUUGGAACAAACGUUCGAGUGCGCUCCUGCAAUGUUCAGGACUGUCAACACGUGGUGGACAUACGCCAGCAACUGUGUGACAAGGUCGGCCACGAAGUGAACAAGCGCCUGCAAGCCUUCAAACCAAGCAUUGGUGGUGGAAACGCCUGCAAAUUGGUCUGCCUCGACGGAUCAAAGGAAGUUAGACACAACGAAAGCCUCCCUGACGGAACACCCUGCUAUGAGCCUGGCAACGACAUCUGCAUCAAGGGAAAGUGCUGGCAAGCAGGCUGCGACAAGGUCCUGGGGUCGGCGAUGCAGACGGACAAUUGCAACGUGUGUGGCGGUGAUAACACCACUUGCGACGCUGUCAGUGGCGUCUUCCGACAUUCGGACACGCUGGCUCCCGGUGCCAAACCAGUCGGCUUGACUGUUGCCGUGCACAUUCCCCAGGGAGUGACCAACGCUUACAUCAAAAAGGUCUCGCAGCGCUCAACGCCCUAUUCGUCAGACGCCUACGACGACUUCAUGCUGUUGAUAUUCGAAGAGUUAAGGACACGAAUCCGUCGUGGUGAAACGAGGGAACCCUUCGCUGGGGCAGAACUUUACUACAGCGGCAGUCGAGGAAGGGAGGAGAUCGUGCAAAUCAAAGGCAGAACUAACAAAAACGUCAACAUUCUGAUACGUGUGGAGAAUAAGAACACUGAGUUACCACUUCCGGACGUCGAGUACGUCUACUAUGUGAGCAAAGACGCCAGCGACCACCUCCGGUUUGACCCCUUGAGAAUCGCGGAGCAGCAGUACGACGACCCCCUGCUGCGAUUCCUUCGAUCCCCACGCAAGGAAGCACCGGCGGAGGAGCCGAACGACGAGAGCGUGGAAUCGGUUCCACCCCUUGAACCUACAAACCCUGCCAGCUCUUCGAAGCCCCCGGAAGAAUCGAUACGCUUUGAAUGGAAGAUGGAUGAAGUUCCUAAGGAGUGUACAAGUUGUGCAGGUACCGUCGAGAGUCACGCCUCGUGUUACCCAGUGUUUGGAAGCCGAGCGAUCGCGAAACGCUACGCCAUGCACGCUCUGCGUCCACUGCCGGCGCGUUACUGCGGUGAGCACACGCGGCCGCCACCGGUGACACGCAACUGCGCUGACUACUGCGGUGUCCGAUGGUCGUGGAGGGAGGUGAACGCCUCCAGCGCGUUGGCCAACCGCGUUGCCACUCGACCGCCUUGCUCGGCGCGCUGUGGUGAGGGCCACACAGACGUCCGCUUCGUCGCUGUCUGCGAGGAGAAGGUUGGCCAGACGGUGUGGCGCGAGAGCCAGAUGGGUUCGUAUGCCUGCAUCAAGGCUGAACUUGGCGAACCGCCCGAGGACAGGCUGGUGACUAAACGAUGCGUCGGUGACUGCAGACCCGUCCAGUGGGUAUUCUCCGAUUGGCACGAAUGUUCGGAAAGAUGCGGCUCUGGGAAGAAGCAGCGGAGCAUCAGGUGUGUCGACGACUCCGGAAACCACUGGCCCAUCACCGAAUGCCUGCAGCACCUUCCGGCUCCAGCGGAGGGCGAUCUGGUAGGAACUGAGGGUGUCGUCGCCACGGAGUCGGCGGAGUGCUUUGGGGUGGCGGGAUGUGGUGGUGACUUCGACUGGGUCACCACGCCGUGGUCCGAGUGUCGGCCAUCAGUAGGCCAACCCGAACUGGACUCGUUGUGCCAGUCGAGUCUGAGACGGCACCUCGACGGGGAGACCCAGGGCUUGUCCGGCGCCGCUGCCUUCACUGGAGUCCAGACGCGCACCGUCACGUGUGUGCUGCGGUCCGCCGCGCGCAGCGACUCCCAACACGAGGCUCCUCACUACUACUGCGAACGCGGACAGGUCGCCAGGCCGGCCGAACAGCAGGCCUGCACCCUUGACCGCGUUUGUUAUCGCUGGACAGCCGUGCAGUUUUCACAGUGUUCCUCAACCUGUGGAACAGGUCAGCGGGUGGGUCAAUUGGCCUGUGAGAAGGUGGAAAUCUUACGCGCGUCCGGACCUCUUAUAACGCCACUCAGCGAAGCUGACUGUCUCUACAGACUCGGUUCCAACGUGUCCCUCCUGGUGGACAAUCGCGGAGACGCUUUCACGGUUUUCAUAGUUGAAAAUGGCUCCGCCGAGGAAAUGGAGGCUUUCCAGCGUGCGCCGCACCUUCGUCCGGUCGCCUUCACGCCUGGAAAGCCACUUGUCAUGACCUGUUCAAAUCCCCCUUGUCGUAGCCGCAACUUUGAAUGGGUCGUCAGUGAUUGGUCCAUGUGCUCCGCCACAUGCGGCGUCGGGUUCCAGCAGCGUCACGUGCGAUGCCUCCUGACGGAAACGCACGCCUCGCUUUCGGAGUCGAUCGUCUCCGAGACAUCGGCAGCCGAGUGUGUCGCCGUGGGACUCGCGAAACCGCCCGACAUGCGACUCUGUGAAGCCAUGCCCUGCAUUCGAUGGAGUACCGGUGAUUGGUCCGAGUGCAGCGGGAGGUGUGAAUCGGGCACGCAGGAGCGACAAGUUCGGUGCGUUCGACAGAAGAGUUUGUACACUGCCUCGACCGAGAGUGUCACGUGGCACAGCUCCGAAAGUCCGCCAGAUGUGAGCAGUGCAACGAUCGAGCAGGACGUGGACCCAGCCGAGUGUGACCCCCACACGAAACCGGUCGUCCAACGCGCGUGUCUGCUAGACUCGGACUGUCCAUUCUGGUUUCAGGGCUCCUGGUCUUCUUGCUCGGCAACUUGUGGUGCUGGCAGGCGCUUCCGUCACGUGGACUGUCGCUUCCCCAACGGCACCGUGCUCUAUCAGUUCUCCGGCGUGAAGCUCGAGCGCGGCAUUCCUCGCUUACUGUCUAGACGACGGCGAGACCACUCGGCUGGAUCGCUGGAGCGCAUUAACAGGCUGAGAUGUCCAGGAAUUCGCCCUGUCGACAAAACUGAAUGCCAGCUGGGGCUCUGCUCAGAAGACAGGCCCUUCUGGUGGCCUGUUGUUUCAUCCACCUGUAACUCCAAUGGCUGUCACCGCGGUUAUCAACAGCGCGAUCUUCAAUGCCUCACACCCACCUUCCAGCAAGUGGACUCCAAGGAGUGCGCGUACUCGCGAAAACCUCUCAGAAAGGUUCCAUGCACGCCGCAGGAGUGCAAGACUUACCGUUGGCGAGCGGACGCGUGGACAAGGUGUCCCUAUGCGUGUGGAAGGCACUCGCGUUACAGGAAUGUUCGCUGUGUAGACGACCUUGGCGAGGAGUACGCUGACCGCCUCUGCCUGCCUCACUUGAGACCGGACUCCUUCGGCGUCUGUCCGGAUGCCUGUCCAGACUACCCAAUCAGUUGUUGGGACCAAAAGCAGCGUCACCCCCACUCCACUGAUGGCCUCUACGAUCUUUCCGUGCACCGACAAGUGGCCAAGGUAUGUCCUGUGGGAGAUUUAUUUAAAAAAGAACAUCUCUCAACUAGGGAGUUUACAAGAAAUCGUUUAAGAUCCUGA